AUGGUAAAAAGUCCUGUUUCACCAUCGCAAUCCCACAUGGCGGUAGCGGCGGCGCAGCUCCGUGGAUCGGCCACAGUCGCUCGGAGGCAUGGAGCCUUCAGAGUCCCCUCCUCCUGCCGGUGGCCACGUCACCCUCUCGCCGGUUCACUAAAGCUUUCAGUUUCUACCAGUGCAGUGGGUAGGAAGCCAUUUGGUUUUGGUGCCAAAAUUGCAACAAAAUGUGCUAAUGAAAACACUCGAGCUGAAGAGUUGAAUUCGAGAUCAGAUCAAGCAGGUGAACUUGUAGCAGCAGUUGAAGAUGUUACUCCCCAAAAGAGGAGUGCUAAGAUCCAUGAUUUUUGUUUUGGGAUUCCUUUCGGUGGUCUUUUGUUCUGCAUGGGGCUUCUAGGCUACUUCUUCUCUAGGAGUACUGUAAGUCUUGUCCUAGGUGUUGCACCUGGGCUUGCUACGCUCCUUCUUGGUACCCUCAGUUUAAACUUCUGGAGGAGUGGAAGAUCCAGCUUCCUGUUUAUAUUGGGCCAAGCAGCAAUUUCUGCUGUCCUUGCAUGGAAGUAUUCUCAUGCAUAUUUACUGACAAAUAGAAUUCUUCCUUGGGGCUUCUACGCUUCACUGAGCACUGCGAUGGCUUGUUUCUAUGCGUACGUGCUGCUUGCUGGAGGAAAUCCACCACCCAAGAAGUUGGCACCGGCACCAUCAUCGUAG